CACAGGUGGCCUGGAGAAUCAUCGCUCUCGGAAUCCUGAUGCCUUGCACGUAGCCACGCCCUGUCUUGUCUCGGUUUUUCUUCGCCACGCUCGCUCGCUCGCACACUCCCGCGCACCAUGCGGACGUCGUAUCUCGCCGCGCUGGUGGCGCUGCUCUGGACAGCAGCCGCCGCGUCCGACAAGAAGCCGCCGAAGCCGUGCACCGCCGUCUCGCCCACCACCGACCGCUUCUUCGACUUGAACCCGCUGCGGCGCGAGGCGCCCGAGGAAGGCAAGAAGAAGAAGGAGGGGGAGGAGGGCAGCUGGCAUGCGCGCGGCCACGACUACGGCGCAAACUUCACCAUCAACUUCUGCGGGCCCGUGGUCGAGGAGCUGGACAAUGUGCAGGAUCUGGACAAGGGCCUGUGGAGGAACGUGAGCGCCUUCUACGAGAGGGGCGGGAAGCAGUAUGCGCUGGGCCUGGAGAGCUACGAGCCCGUCUUCCGCGGCCGCAAGCUGGUCCUAAACUACACGGGCGGCUCGCUCUGCCCCUCGUCUUCGGACCGCCGCUCCCCACACGCCGCGCUCGACCUCUCCGCCCGCGAGAUCAUCGACGAUGACGACGAUGACAAGAAGAAAGGCAAGGACAAGGACGACGACGACACACCCAGCAAGAAGAAGCCCUCCUCCGACGGCAAGCGCCGCAAGACCGCCAUCAUCUCCCUCCUCUGCGAGUCCGACCCGCUCGCCAAGACAGCCUUCUCCUUCGUCGCCGCCGUAGACGACUGCGUCUACUUCUUCGAGGGCCGCUCCAGCGCCGCCUGCGGAGGUGUGCAUAUUGAAGAGCAGGCGCUUGGUCCCGGCGGCGUGUUUGGCGUCAUCAUGCUCAUCGCCGUGCUGGUCUACUUCGUUGGUGGCUGCGUCUACCAACGCACCGUCAUGCACCAGCGCGGCUGGAGACAGCUGCCCAACUACGCCAUGUGGGCCGGCAUUGCGCGCUUCGUCGCUGACGCCUUCGUCAUCCUGACCUCCUCCUGCGCACGCUUCCUCCCCUCUCGUCGAGGCUAUAGCCGCGUCUCGCUGGGGCACGACCGAGGCCGCGGCGGCCGGGGGAGAAACGACGACGAGAACCGCCUCAUUGACAAUCUUGACGAGGAGUGGGACGACUGAGAAGAUUUGACCAAGGCUUCUGUUUCUUUUGUAGCAAGCUGGCAUUUGCAUCUAGACUUGGGUACGCGGCGUUUACUCUCUGGGCUGGACUUGAACCACGGCGCCCGAGUCGAGCGGGACGGAUUGGGAUGGAAGAUUGGGAUUCACUCCAUACGAAACGUCAGACCUAUGAAUCUACACUAUGCUGAAAAUCUAGAUAUCCAUG